AUGGAGGCCGAGGAUCGGGGCUUGCUUCGCAUCUACACCCGUGGAGAGGGCAUUGACGAAGGCGAUGGCACCCACCUCGGCGGUUCUGCAAGUCCGGCACGAAGUGAGGACAGUGACGCCAAUAUGCCAACUCCACCAGACGGCCUUUGGGGCACUGGCCUACCGACUACGAUGAGCAACGACACUAUAAGACGACCGGAGCCUGCUUGUGAGGGCGGACUCAAGCCGGAUGGAUCGUUGGAUCUGGACGUGACGACCAUUAACCGACUAUACGACAGCUACAUGAAGAACUUCCAUCGCAUGCACCCUUUCCUCGACAAAGGGAGGCUCCGCAAGCUCUUUGAUCGCUUCAUCAGCCGGUACGCCACGGGCAAUCCAUCGUUCCGAAAAGUCGCGGUGGACAGCGGGUCUGAUCAAGAACGGCCGAUGAAACGCCAGCGCUCGAAUGGAUCAAUGCCCGUUGCCGUACCACAUAGCCAAGAAGGCUUUUCGGUGCGAGCAGAGCCUACCGAACGCUCCCCCGGCAAUGCCAUCGUAUGGCUAGUCAUGGCACUCGGCAAGAUGUGCUUGCACCACACCCCUCUCCUCAACUAUGUCCCCGAGGGCCGCGCCAUUGCGAAUUCCGUGGUGUCUCACCAGAUCUCCGCCAGCAAUGGCGUGACAGGAAACUCACCGAUCCCAGGAGUGAAACCGUCACCCAUCUCGCCAAACUCUACACCGUUCACACACCCCACGCCGCAUAGUAUCGACGGCGUACGGACGGGCGAACGGAGCCCUGUGGACAAUUAUCCGGGCGCUAAGAACCUGGAUGUCAUCCCCGGCCUAGCCUACUACGCCAAAGCAGCAGAGAUCCUCGGCGAUCAAGGCGAUGGCAACGAUCUCGUUCACGCGCAAAUGUUCCUUCUAGCCGGCUUGUACAAAGGCCAGCUCGCGAGGGUAAAGGAGAGCAUGAGUUGGAUCAGCAUGGCUGGGCGCGCGUGCAUGAUCCUCCUGGAUCGAUACAAGCUGUACAAGGAGGAAUACUGGGCCAUCUACGGAGACACGCGCAAGAUCUACGAAAGAGGCCAGGCGCGCAUCAAGGACAAGCGACACAGUCUCAUCGUGCUGGCCGCGUGGACGUGUCUUCAGCUGGAAAGCGACAUUCUCGCCGAGCUCAAGCUGCCCUCGAGCGGCAUCCUUAGCAUCGAGAACUUACUGCUCAUGCCGCUCAACAUGCCCGACGAGGAGACGGAAGGGUACGAAGGUCUGCAGCAGAUGCAGGAGGAGCUCGACGACUUUGAGCCCUACGACAACAUCCUCUUCUACUACACCGCGCAGUGCUUCAUCCGCGGCCGCUUGAACAAAGCUCAUGCGCAACUCCACGGCCAUGAGUGCUUGAAUCAGAGCCUCAACGAAGUCAUCUCCGUCCUUGUCGGGCACGAAGAGACUCUGCAGAAGUGGCGGGGCCAACUACCGCCGCUAAUGCAAUGGGAGGACGACGACCCUCCCCCCGCCGACAUCUUAGAAGCGCGACUGCGCGCAAAGUACUGGGGCGCGCGCAUGGUCGUCAACCGGCCAUUCCUGGAUUUCGCCCUGCACAUCAUGCCGCAGUUGAAGGAGGGGCGAUCGCUCGAGGAGGUGGCGAGAGACGUCCACGGCAACCCGCGCGACCCGGCGGAAAUUCACAUCUUCAAGGCGAUUGCCACCAUGGGUGACAUUAACGUUUUCGAGGCUGCCACGCGCUGCAUCGAAGCUGCCAUGCACAGCACCGUCGCCUUCGACGGCGUGCCAGACAGGUUGAUCGUGACGAACAUCCACGGCACCGCUCACGCCCAAUUCGGCAACAUGCUCGUCCUCUCCGCCACCUUCUACAACAAAGCCAUGCACCGCAUCGUGCCCGAGCCGAAAUUCCAGCGCCUGCUCGAGCGCACCAUCCGCUUCCUGCGCAAGCUCGCCCCGCUCUCGCCCACCUCCUACAACGACUGCCAGAUCCUCGAGAAGAUUAGCAAGCUGCUGUUCGGCGGGGCGCCGCAGGAGGCCAAGCACCUGUAUCGCGGCGAGAUUGAGCCGCAGAGUCUGCCCGGCAGUGCGGCGACGAGUUUUGCGCAUAGUACGUGA